CAAAAUAAGAACCCUGAUCUCAUUUCACUUCCUCUCUUUCUUCACAUAAUGUAGAGAGAGAGAAACGUCAAAAAUAUAUUCAGCACAAUCGCGUGGGCUCACACAUUCUCAACCUUCUCUCUCAUCUUUCAAAAAUUCUCUUCUUUAAAAACUACUAUCUUGUUUUAGCUUUUUCUUCUCAUUCUUGUAACCCAACCCCACUCUCUCUUCUCUCUCUUUUUAAGGGACUUAGUCUCACCUCAGUCAUUGAUAUGGAACAAGAUUGUGAGAGUAACGGUUUUCCUUCCAUAUAUUCUCGAUGAUUCUGGCAUUGCGAUAGUUCAUAGGGGAGAGAGAAAUCCGUUUUUGUGAACCCUUUUGCUUGUCUUUUGCUUUUGUUUUCUUUUUUCGGUUUUUGUCUCCAUGGAUUCUUCUUCAUGGUACUUCAAUAAUGUUGUUGGUGAAGGUUUCAAUGGAGUCAUGAGUUUCAUCCCUUCUUUUCACGUGGGUUCUCAAGCUCCGCCCUUGGGUCCAAACCUUGAGAUGGGUCUUCAGAUGUUGAGCCCUUCAAUGGUUCAGAAGCAGGAGGGUAGGGGAAAAAAGAGAACAAGUGAUGAAGGGGUUACAAACAAGAACCUUUCUUUGAAACGUGAGGAAGAAGAAGAAGAAGAAGCUAACGGCUCCAUUUCAGGGAAAAACGGGUUCACCAAGCUUUGUGCCAGAGGUCACUGGAGGCCAGCAGAAGAUGAAAAGCUGAAGGAGCUGGUGGCCCAAUAUGGUCCCCAAAACUGGAACUUGAUCGCUGAACAUUUAGAAGGAAGAUCAGGAAAAAGUUGUAGAUUGAGGUGGUUUAACCAGUUAGAUCCUAAGAUCAACAAAAAGUGUUUCUGUGAGGAGGAGGAAGAAAGACUUUUGACUGCUCAUAAAAUGUAUGGCAGCAAAUGGGCCAUGAUUGCAAGACUAUUUCCUGGAAGAACAGAUAAUGCAGUGAAGAACCAUUGGCAUGUGAUGAUGUCUAGGAGGCAGAGGGAGAGGGAGCAGUCUAGUGGCGUGUAUAGAAGGAGAAAACCUCUUGUCAAUGAACCUCUUCCAAAGGGUUUGAAUCUGACACUGUCUAACAAUGCAACCAGUGAUGAGUCAACCAUCUCAAACACCAUUGAUGAAUCUGCCUCAACUUGCACCAACCUCUCUCUAAUUCCCUCUUCAGCCAAGUUCACUCCUUUUGGACUCUUACACCAACCAGGAGAAUCAAGAGGGGAGGAUGUGUGGUUGAAGAGGUAUUUUGGUGGUUGGAAAGGGUCAGAAGGUGUGGGAAAAAGGGUAAUGGGAGUGGAGCAGUCUAGUUUUUCAGAUGCAAACUCAGAAGUAUCAGUAUCUGAGUCAGGUAUCACCAAUAGGUCUAAUCUCUCAAUUUCUCAAGAGAAAGAGAGUGAUAAGAUUAACAACAUCUCAUUCAUUGAUUUUCUUGGAGUAGGAGCUACUUAGCUAAAUUGCUGAUGAAAUUUCCACUAAGCUGUUUGUGUUUCUGUUGUUAGGAGUGUUGAAUAACAUUCCCUUUUGUACAGUUGCUUCCAUAAAAGGCAAAAAGGUAAAUGGUAGAAAAAAUAGAUGGAAAAAAGUGAAAAAAAAAAGAGAUAUAUAACUUAAGUAGUGAGGUUUUGACUGGGUCUUGUUAUCAAAAAAAGUAUAAUUAUAUUUAAACUUUUGGUUUUGGAUUGUUCCUGUCACAGCAGAAGCCUGUGGCACUUUUGUCACUUUGUUAAUCAGAACCCAAAUUUUCAUUA